ACCUAGAGCUCUAUCUCUCCAACGACUUCUCACUUGCACAAGCCUGAGUUCUUUUGCCGGAAAUGAUUCCCCUACGACCUUUAAAACAUCACACAGCUCAGGAUCUGAGUUCGGGUUAGGCUCAACCAACUAAAAGCUUCUUUAUUGGGGGGAGUGAGGGAAGAAAGCUGCGUUAACUAAAUUUCCAGUUGCCGAGGUUGUUGCGAAAUUUAACGAAAGACUUUGUAAACUGCGAAGAGUUACUAAAAAGAACAAAUCUGCUCCUCUUUGAGGAUGCUACGAUGCAAUCGUGGCUCCUAUCAAGUGAGUUUCCACGGAGCUGAGCUGCGGGAGCCCCGAGUGCUUCUUCGCUGGCUCCUCCCCCGUCACACCGGCCCGGGAUCGGCGGGGGCUCGGGCGCCGGGUCUCUCCAGCCCGCAGUCGGCCGCGGGUGAAAUCCCUUGCGGAGGCGGGGCAGGCCCCGGCCGCCCAGUUCCUGAUUCUAUAACCGGUGUCUGAGGCUGGCGGCGCCACAGGCUCGGGGACCGUGGGCCGCGAAGGAUGGGCCGGCGUGGCGCUGCGAGCCUGCCCCGAGGCCCCAGCCGGCGGCGGCCGCUCCUCCCCGGCGUCCUCCCCUUGCUGCUGCGGCUGCUACUGCUGCCGUCCCGGCCGGGCGCAGGAGCCGGGGCCGACCGGCCGCCGCAUCUCGUCUUCGUGUUGGCGGACGACCUGGGCUGGAACGACGUGAGCUUCCACGGCUCGAAUAUCCGCACGCCGCACUUGGACAAGCUGGCAGCCGGCGGGGUGCUCCUGGACAACUACUACACGCAACCGCUGUGCACGCCAUCGCGGAGCCAGCUGCUCACCGGCCGCUACCAGAUCCACACAGGUUUACAACACCAAAUAAUCUGGCCCUGUCAGCCCAGCUGCGUCCCUCUGGAUGAAAAACUCCUGCCCCAGCUUCUAAAAGAAGCAGGCUACACUACCCAUAUGGUCGGAAAAUGGCACCUGGGAAUGUACCGGAAAGAAUGUCUUCCAACCCGCCGAGGAUUUGAUACUUACUUUGGAUAUCUCUUAGGUAGUGAAGAUUACUAUUCCCAUGAGCGCUGUGCAUUAAUUGACAGUCUGAAUGUCACACGAUGUGCUCUUGAUUUUCGAGAUGGGGAACAGGUUGCAACAGGAUAUAAAAAUAUGUAUUCGACAAACAUAUUUACUGAAAGAGCUACAGCCCUCAUAACUAGCCAUCCACCCGAGAAGCCUCUGUUUCUCUACCUUGCUCUUCAGUCUGUCCACGAACCCCUUCAGGUCCCUGAGGAGUACCUGAAACCCUACGACUUUAUCCAAGAUAAGAAUAGGCAUUACUAUGCAGGAAUGGUGUCUCUUAUGGAUGAAGCAGUGGGAAAUGUCACGGCAGCCUUAAAAAGCCACGGGCUCUGGAACAACACGGUGUUCAUCUUCUCCACAGGUAAGUCUGUCAAUAGGAAAAUCAUCUCUUGGCAAAGCCGAGGACAUGGUAUUCGAUAAAUGGAAUGAAGACAAAUUGGAGCAUUUAGCAGUACCUUAUUAAAAUAAAUGUUAACUGCAAGAACGGAGACGUGAUAAUAAUGGAUAGAAAAAUGGGUCUAAGGAAAGAAUUAUGGGCCUUCCCCCUCUUCCUUCAGAUGUCAAAAAUAUUCUGGGAGAAUGCUUGAAAACAAGCUCUCACCACCUGAGUAAGUAUGAGCGGACAUCACUCAUAUGCAGGGCAGCUGGGUACUGGAUUCCUGGAGUGCCUUGUUCUCAGGCGGUCUCUCCAGCCUGGGCAUCCUCUGUGAAUAGAACUUCUGACAAGAGCAGUUCUGUAUCAGUGUAGAGACAGAUUGUGACAUUAAGAAGACAGAUUAGAAAUGGAGCCAUUUAAAACUAGGCUAGAGUCUCCAAGUAUGGAUUUUUUUUUUUUGUAUUAAGAUUGUUUUCUGACAAUAAAAUUCAUACAUGUUGAUUACAGAAAAAAAAGAAGGUUUUUGAAAAUAGUUUUCAUUAUGGCAAUGCCUUUCUGACUCCUCGUCUGUUAUAUAUGUGAUUUUUCCUCCCUCUCGUUAGACAUGGUUUUCUAAAAUUUCCCUACAAUGUGCUAUAGUAAUAGAUCUUGGUUUGUCCAUCAUGCUGAGUACUCAGAGAGCACUUUGUAUCUGAAAGUGAAGAUGCUUUUUUUAUGGGAAGUUUUCUUGUAUUAUUUAUUUCAGAAUUUUUUGGCCCUUCAGCCUACCUUUCUCCUAUUCUUUCUUUAUAAAACUCCUGUUAUUUCGAUAUUGGAUCAAUACUCUAAUUUUCUUA